AUGAACAAUUCAUGUCAAGAACAGGAGAAGGAUUACGAGCUGCCCGAGCCACCCACCGAUUCCGUCUCCGCCCUGGAGUUUGUACCGAAAACUAGUACCUGGAAUGCACUCUGCGCCGGGAGUUGGGAUAAUUCAGUGCGAAUCUGGGAGGUGCAAUCGAACCAGGUCGUACCGAAAGUCAUGAAGGUACUGGGUGGUAUACCUCUGGAUAUUUCUUGGCACCACUCGGGAACGAAGGUGUUUGUAGGUGAUAGCAAUGGGGCUGUGGUCGACUGGGAUUUGGAAUCUAACCAGAUAAUCAAAAUAGGUGCUCACCAGGGAGCAACACGGACUUGCCAUUGGGCGGACCAAUUCCUGAUGACCACCUCCUGGGAUAAGACCUUAAUUUUCUGGGAUCUUCGCACUCCCGGGACAAUCGUCAAGAGGUUUCUUCCAGGUCGUAGCUAUGCUGCUGAUAUAUUGGAUCCAGUGGCGAUAGUGGCCAGUUCCGAUGGAUGCAUCAGCGCCUAUGCUUUGGAUGAUGGAGGCGUGGAGAAAGUGAGGAUGAAGAGCGCCGGGAAUAAGACCGCUCAAGCGCGAUCCCUUGCUAUAAAUAAAAGCAAGGACACGGGGAACAUAAGUUGGUUUCUAGCCAAAUCGAAUGGUGUGGUGUACGAGCAGAGUUCGGCAAACAGAAUAGGUACCUUAGUCAUUAGAAGUAACCGAUGGGAGCCAGAAAAUGGAGUCCUCAACGUUCAUACUUUACACGAUAUCAAAAUCAAUAGGGAGAAGAACCAAAUGGCCACCGCGGGAUCAGAUGGGGUCUUCUCUAUCUAUGAAUGCAACACGUUCAAGCUGAUGAAGAGCAAAAAACUUGAUCAACCGAUUACCAAGUGCUCCUAUAGCGGUGAUGGAGAACUCUUUGCCUACGCCUUGGGCUACGAUUGGUCUAAGGGCCACGAGUACUUCGAUCCUAACAAGAAACCACAAAUACUUUUGAGACCCUUCGAGAAGGAUGUUAGACCUUAG